CACUUAGCUUUAUUUGCUAAAAAAAAAAACAAUUAUCGUCGUAGUGUUGUACGUGGUAUAUUUUUUAGUAUUAUUUUGUUUAUUUUUUGAAAACAAAACUUAUUAAAAAAUUACGAGACCGAUGGUAAAUUGGACAAUUUACUACAGAUACAAACUUUUAUCAUAAUUCUAAACUGUAAAUAAUAUUGUGCAAUACUUGUACGAAAUGUAUAAUAGUACAUAAUAUAUAUCAUCCUAUUGCAUCGUUUUAAAAAGUGUACAUAGUCUCGAUCUCACUGUACAUUUUAUUUAGAAAAUAAUUAGUUAGUUUACUCCUAAUAACUUUAAUAAUAAUAUUUUUCAUUUCAGGAUUUAAUUGGAAAAAAUCAUGACAUAUUUAAUAUUAUCCUUUUGUAAUAUUCUUCUACUAAUCAUACAAAUAAUGUCUUUAACAGUUUCUCAUUUUAAUCAAUCAAUAACGAAAUUGAGUGUAACCGAAGAGUAUAAUGUGUGGAUAGAAAUUAAUUGCUUCAAUAUCACGGAUUAUAAGGAAUUUCAAAAUCUAAUAAUAUCUAGUAAAAGCAAUGUUAGGAAUGAAACACAAUCAUUAAGAAUAUACAACUGUCCUCUUGCCGAUGAUGACAUUUCAUUAAGCUCUACAUUGCAGAAAUUUGGAAUUUUUGUGUAUCGUCAGUUGUCAAUUAAAAAUUAUGAUUUAGUUACAAUCCAACUAAACAGGCAUCAUUUAAGACAUUUCCAAGAAUUGCAAAGUUUAACACUACAGAUGGAUCAUUUAAGUCAUUUGCCAAGUGAUUUAUUUGCCGACACAUCAUUGAGAAAUUUAACAACUUUAGUUUUACACACAAAUGUUUCGGAAAUGCCUAAUAAUUUGUUUCAAUCUUUGGAAAACUUAAAAAGCUUAACCAUAGGUCACAGUUUAGAAACUAUAGCGUUUUGUCAAUUUAAAAAUCAAAAGAAGUUGUUGCAUUUAAAUUUGUCAUAUAACAAAUUAAAAAAUAUUGCCUUCAAUAUAUUUCCAAAUGAUGGCCUAAUAAAAACCAUAGAUUUACAAAACAAUCUACUUCAAACUCUACCUUUACAUAUUUUUGACACACUCCCCUCACUUAUUUCCAUUAAUAUUAAUUCAAAUGAAUUUAAAAGUUUACCAGCUAAACUUUUUCAAAAUAACAUCAAAUUGAGCAAAUUUGUUUUUACAAAUAAUCGAGGAGUUGCUUUAGAGACGCUACCGCAGAAAUUUUUGUCAAAUCUUUUUCAGUUGCAAGAAGUUGUAAUAAAAUGUGGUCUUGAAUUUUUGCCAGAUGAUGUAUUUUAUAAUUCUACGAAUAUCAAAAAAAUUAUAUUAAACCAUAACAAAUUGAUUAGUUUACCAGAUAACCUACUGGAAAGUCAAGUAAAAUUAAGCUAUUUAGAUUUAUCGUAUAAUAAUUUAUAUAGAUUAAACAGCAGCUUGUUUCAAAAUACAAAGGAAUUGAGAACAUUAAAAUUGGCCCACAAUCAGCUGCAAACAAUUCAAAGAAAUCUCUUUACAAAAUUGGAUAAACUACAGUCAUUAGAUCUAAGCCACAAUCAGUUGGGCUCAAGUUUUAGAAUAGCAUUGGAAAUAAAUACAAAUUUAAAUUAUUUAUAUCUGCAAAACAAUUCCAUUCCUGAUCUAUUCAUACUGCAUAACAAACUUCCACGAUAUUUACGUACAUUGGAUUUGAGUUUUAAUCAAAUUUACGAAUUAAAAGGUAAAAAUCUCGAACUAUUAUACACUAAUGAUCUAACAUUAAACUUAAGCCACAACCGCAUACAAACUAUACAAAUCGAAGAUUUCGGAACUUACAACCUAUUGGAUACAUUAAGCGUAAGAACGGAUUUAAAUUAUAAUCCUUUGCAAUGUGAUUGUAAAAUAUUAAAAUCAAUGGAAUAUUUAUUAAAUGGUUAUAAGAAUCACUUAAAGUUUAAUAUAGAAAACUUAAAAUGUUGGGGACCCAAACAAUUGCAUGGGAAAUAUUUAAAUAAUGUUGAAAAAAUGGAUUUAUUAUGUUCUCUGGAACCGCAAUAUGUUGGAUCAUAUAAGUGCCCAGAAGAGUGUGAAUGUUGGAUAAGAUUAUAUGACAAAAUUUUGUUAAUGAAUUGUUCGCAUAGAAACUUAUAUCAAGUACCAAUUAUAAAAAGUAUCAGGGAUUAUCUUAAUGGCAUAGAACUAAAUUUAAGCGGAAAUCAAAUUAUUACAUUACCCCCAUCGCAUAGAGAAGGUUAUGCAGAAUGUACUAAAUUAUUUUUAUACCAAAAUAAUUUAAGCGAAAUCAAUAAAUCACAAAUACCCUUAAAGUUAACACAUUUAGAUUUAAGGCAAAAUCAUUUGCAGUUCCUAAAUGAGGACAGUAUAACAUAUUUGAAUGACAACCGAUUUCUACAUAGCAUAUAUCUUUCAAGUAACAAAUGGAAAUGUGAUUGCAGCGAUACAUCAUUGUUUUUGUCACAUACAAUCCAGAGCAAUAGUUCAAAAUUUGUUGAUGGAACUAAAAUGGCAUGUCACAAUUUUCCCAAAAUACAAAUGAUUAAAGAUCUAAAAAUUCUAUGUCAAAAAAAGAAAAUAUUAAAUAUUGUACUGAUUUCUAUAAGUGUAACUGUUAUAUUUAUAAUAUUAACAUUAUAUUAUAAAUAUCAAACGGAAAUUAAAAUUUUUCUAUACAGCCACAAUAUCUGUCGAAGGAUUGUUGCUAAAUAUGAUGACGCUGAUGAUGUUAAUAAGAAAUAUGAUGCCUUCAUAUCCUACUCCCAUAAAGAUGAAGAUUUCAUUGCAAACUAUUUAGUGCCCGUAUUAGAAAAUGGCAGUCCAUCUUUUAAGUUAUGUGUUCAUGUCAGAGAUUUUGUAAUAGGCGAUUAUAUACCAGAUCAAAUUGUAAAAUCAAUAGCUGAUUCCAGACGUAUUAUUGUGGUGCUGUCGAAAAAUUUCAUAGAAUCAGAAUGGGCAAAAAUGGAAUUCAAAGAAGCUUAUCGUGCUACCCUAACAGAACGUAGAGCGAAAAUAAUUCCCAUAAUGUAUAAAGACAUUGGAGAGUUGUCGAAUUUGGAUAAGGAAUUAAGAUUAUAUUUAAACAUGAAUACGUACUUAAAGUGGGGAGAUUCGUUGUUUUGGCAAAAACUACGAUUUGCCAUGCCUCACAAAAAUGAUUAAAGUUUUAAAUAGGUUGAAAAAAAAACAUAUAAUAUUGAUGUUCAAAAAUAAAAUCAC